AUGAACAUGAACUUCCCCCACCAGUCCCUCCAGAAAGCUCCCAUAGCUACCCAUUCCCGCUUCUCCGUGCUUGACUCGGAGUUAGAGGAGGAGCUUCACAUUCCCUCCGACCAUCUGGGAGCAUCGACCAGCUCCCCUUUUGAUGAUGAUGAUCUAUUACCAAGGAGAAGCCCGCGAGCAGAAACCCACGACCACCGCGGGAUCGAACGCCGAAUCUUUGCCCACGUCGCGAGCUUUCCUUCUCGUCGGCAUCUCAGCCACCCCGUACGACUGAGUAACAGCCUCUCAGCCUUAGCCGCCGUCGUAUCACAACGCUCAUCGGACACCGCUCAAAUCGCCGCAUCUCCCGGCAUUUUCCGAUCGCCAUCGCUCCACCCACAGCACUCUUCUCCCGCCGAUCCGAACAGCAGUAUUCUCCGGCCGCCACGAACGGCAGCCCACGAGGAGACCAUCGACAGCCAGUCGGUGCAUCCCGCGAACACCCCGCAGCCGUCGCGACCUAUCUUCUGGCCGGCGUACUCAAACAAAUCAUUUAAUCCAGUCGCUUAUUCUGUCCAACCAUUGGGGGCCACAACAAUGGGCCAUUUUGAUAGCACGAUACCUUCCAAAGAGGUUCUUGAUGUCUGGAGAAAUGCCAAUGCUGUAUGCUUUGAUGUGGAUAGCACAGUGUGCUUGGACGAGGGAAUUGAUGAACUGGCAGAAUUUUGUGGAGCUGGAGAGGCUGUUGCAGAAUGGACUGCCAGGGCAAUGAGUGGUUCUGUUCCUUUUGAGAAAGCACUGGCUGCUAGACUCUCUCUUUUUAACCCAUCGUUGUCCCAAUUGCAGGAGUUUCUUGAAAAGCGACCUCCAAGACUUUCUCCUGGAAUCGAUGCAUUGGUGAAGAAGCUGAAGGAGAAUAACAAAACCAUAUUUUUGGUAUCUGGAGGUUUUCGCCAGAUGAUAAAUCCCGUUGCAUCAAUGCUUGGGAUACCUUUGGAUAACAUAUAUGCCAAUCAACUUCUGUUUGGAAGCUCUGGGGAGUACUUGGGAUUUGAUCCCAACGAGCAUACUUCAAGGAGUGGAGGGAAAGCUACUGCUGUUCAACAGAUUAGGAAGACCAAAGGUUACAAGCUUCUAGUUAUGAUUGGAGAUGGUGCAACUGAUCUUGAGGCUCGCCAACCAGGUGGCGCUGAUUUGUUUAUAUGCUAUGGUGGAGUUCAGCUUCGGGAGCUCGUUGCUGCAAAAGCUGAUUGGCUUGUGUACAAUUUCAAAGACUUGAUCAACACAUUGGACUAG